AUGGCGGAAUCCGGGAAAGGCGCUUCCAGUGACAAGGAUAAGAUUCAGAAUCUGAUUGCUGCGAGGAAGUCACUGAAGCUGAGCUUGGAGAAGUCUAAAUCACUGGGGCUUGCUCUAGGUAAAGCUGGGCCUAGAUUGGACGAGAUUAAUCAGCGGCUGCCUUCUCUAGAAGCUUCAGUGCGCCCAAUUCGUGCAGAUAAAGACGCACUUGUUGCAGUUGGAGGUCACAUUAACCGUGCUGUGGGUCCUGCUGCUGCGGUGCUCAAGGUGUUUGAUGCUGUUCACGGGCUGGAAAAAUCGCUGCUUUCGGAUCCUAGGAAUGAUCUGCCUGGUUAUUUGUCUGUGCUGAAGCGUUUGGAAGAGGCAUUGAAGUUUCUUGGGGAGAAUUGUGGUUUGGCAAUACAGUGGUUGGAGGAUAUAGUGGAGUAUUUGGAGGAUAAUUCGGUUGCUGAUGAGAAGUACCUCUCCAAUUUGAAGAAGAGUCUUAGGGAUUUGCAGAACGAUGAUGAAAGGUCGCGUCUUGAUGGCGGGUUGCUGGAUGCCGCAUUGGAUAAGUUGGAAGGAGAGUUCAGGCGGCUGUUGGUGGACCACAGUGUUCCACUAGAAAUGUCAUCCUCAUCAGCUGGUGAACAGGCGGCGGCCAUUGCACCCUCGCAAUUGCCUGUAGCGGUAAUUCAGAAGUUGCAGGCAAUUCUUGGUAGGCUUAUUGCGAAUAACAGACUUGAGAAAUGCAUUUCCAUAUAUGUUGAAGUCCGUAGUUCAAAUGUUAGGUCUAGCUUGCAGGCACUCGAUUUGGACUACCUUGAAAUUUCCAUAGCUGAGUUCAAUGAUGUGCAGAGCAUUGAGGGUUAUAUUGCUCAAUGGGGCAAGCAUUUAGAGUUUGCCGUCAAGCAUUUGUUUGAAGCAGAGUACAAGCUUUGUAAUGAUGUCUUUGAGAGAAUAGGGUUAGAUGUGUGGAUGGGGUGCUUUGCUAAAAUUGCUGCUCAGGCUGGCAUUCUAGCAUUCUUACAAUUUGGGAAAACCGUUUCAGAGAGUAAAAAUGAUCCCAUUAAGCUUCUCAAGUUGCUGGACAUUUUUGCAUCUCUCAACAAAUUGAGACUGGAUUUCAAUAGGCUCUUUGGUGGGGCAGCCUGUGCAGAGAUUCAAAACCUUACUAGGGAUCUCAUAAAGAGCGUUGUUGAUGGAGCAGCCGAGAUCUUCUGGGAGCUUCUGGUUCAGGUGGAAUUACAAAGGAAGAUUCCACCUCCACCUGACGGAGGUGUUCCCAGACCAGUGAGCUUUGUAACCGAGUACUGUAACAAGCUUCUUGGGAAUGAUUACAAGCCUAUACUGACCCAUGUCCUGCAUAUUCACCGAAGUUGGAAGCAUCAGAAGUUCCAAGAUAAGCUUCUUAUUAAGGAGAUGUUGAGCAUAAUUAAGGCUAUCGAGCUCAAUUUGGAAACAUGGAUGAAGGCUUAUGAAGACAAUACCCUAUCCAACUUCUUUGCCAUGAAUAACCAUUAUCAUUUGUACAAGCAUUUGAAGGGGACACAACUUGGAGAAAUCUUGGGAGAUUCUUGGUUGAGAGAACAUGAACAAUACAAGGACUACUAUGCUGCAAUCUUCUUGAGAGACAGUUGGGGGAAGCUUCCUAGUCAUUUGAGCAGGGAGGGUUUGAUUCUAUUCUCAGGUGGGCGUGCCACUGCUCGAGACCUUGUCAAGAAAAGGCUGAAGACUUUCAAUGAAGCUUUUGAUGAGAUGUAUAACAAGCAGUCAAACUGGGUUGUGCCAGACCGAGAUCUGCGAGAGAAGACGAGCCAGCUGAUUGUGCAGUCCGUUGUGCCUGUUUACAGAAGCUACAUGCAGAACUAUGGGCCUUUAGUUGAGCAGGAAGGAAGUUCCUCCAGUAAGUAUGCGAAAUACUCGGUGCAGGCUUUGGAGCAAAUGCUUAGCUCAUUGUUUCUGCCUAAACCUGGGAGGUAUGGAAGCUUUAAAGUUUCUAGGAGGGCCAGCGACAAAUUCGAUAACGGGGUAGCGAGUCUUCAUCGUACUGCCUCUGCAAUUGUGUGA